GGGCGGGAGUUCCCCUGCCACCGCGGCGUCCUGGCCCUCUGCAGCCACUACUUCCACGCCAUGUUCUCCGGCGACUUCGCCGAGAGCAUCGCGGCGCAGGUGGAGCUGAAGGAGGUGGACCCCGGCGCGCUGGAGAUGCUGCUCGACUUCGCCUACACGGGGAAGGUCACCAUCAACCAGGGCAACGUGGAGGGGCUGAUGCGGACCUCCAGCCAGCUCCACUUCCCCACUAUCCAGAAGGUCUGCAGCCGCUAUCUCCGGCAGCAGAUGGACGCCACCAACUGCCUAGGUAUCUGCGAAUUCGGCGAGAGCCACGGCUGCCCUGAGGUCCACUCCAAAGUCUGGUUUUUCUUGCAUGCCCCGGUCCCCCGAGCCCAUUUCCUGCCCGAGCUGCUCGAGCUGGCCCACCUUGUCUCGCUGCCUGACCAGUACCUGCAGAACCUGCUUGCCACCGAGCCCCUCGUCCGUGACUCAGAUGCCAGCAAGGCCCUCGUCGCCCGAUCCCGCGCCAUGGGGCAGAGUGAUGCUGGUGCCCAGAAGAACCCCCCAACCCCACCACAGAAGCUGGAGGAGGUGCUGGUGGUGGUUGGUGGCCGCGUGCUGGAGGAGAACGAGGAUGAGGACAGGGGGUUG